AUGAGUUCUCAAGACAGUGAUUCAGAAUACCAAGAGUUUGUUACUAACUUUUACGACUUAGUUCAAGACAUAAAUGAAUGUAAAGAGAAUCAAUAGCAAUUUAGAUUAUGCUGCCAAGUCCAAAGAAAGUAGAACUGCUAAAUUUCUAAAAUAAGCAAAAGCGCGAAGAAGUAUAAAGAUUUCUGCACCUUAAUAUAGAAACAAAUCAAAUCACCUUUCGAAUGCCAGAGAAUCCAGAUCAAAAUGUCUCCGAAAUCAUCUCUUACAAUAAAAAUUAAGCAGAGAAAUUAGUUAAACCUAUGAGGCAUCAAACGAAAAAUUUAGAAAAUUCCUAAGUAGAACCCUACAUUUUUAAUGUUCAUUUGAUUCUCAGGUAAUUACCAUUUUCUAUUGUAGGGAUCUCAAAUUGAAAUAGCAAAUACUCAGAAAUGCUUAGAAAUAAGUAUAUUUGAAUUUGAUUGAAUAUAACAAACAAAAGACAAAGAAAUCAAAUCCUAGAAAUUCUUGUUUGCAUAUGUAAACAUCCUCUUAUAUUUUUUAUCAUUAGAUACUUAGCCGAGAAAAUCUAUCAAGAUAAAUUGAAAGAAGCAGCCACAUGCAAGAAAUUCCAAGAAGGCCCUAAAAUAGUAAUUCCCCUAUUGAAGAAUCCAGAAUAAACUAGAAAGGGAAGCAUGGAAUGA